UCCCAGGUCUGUGGCCCAGGAAUAGCUAGAGCUCAGCCCCAGGCCUCUGGCCCAUUCUGAGGUGGCUUCUCUGCCUAAUUGCUUUCACUGGAGCUGGUCCUGCCUGCUGAGUUCAUGGACUCUAUCUUGCCCUGGUCUUGUCCUUUUAGAUGUGUCAUCCUAGCUUCUCUCCCUCUGCCCCUGCUUUCCCCACCAGGACCCUCGCCCAGUGCUCUCAGUACCCCUGAUGACUCUGCCCUUCAAGCUGGGAAUAUCCUGAGCAAUAGAAGCUUGUCAUUCCAGGAAUCUUCAGCAUACGAGUUCAUGUGUGUGGACUAUACUCAGAAGAAGUGGAGUGUUCCAGCAGUCAUUCAGAGAGCCCUGAACUGGAACGUCAUGCCAGAAAAUUACUGCAGCAUGGCCUCCCUGGCAGGUGGGAACAGGAUGGAGAGUUCAGAGUUGCCUACAAAGCAGGAAAUUUCUAAAAGAUUGGAGUCAUCUGAUAGGAUGUUGGGAGGACUUUAUGGAGUGGUUCCUGGUGGACCAGAAGCUGGAGAUGUCUGUGAAGAUGCUUUAGAGAAGCUAGAAGGGCAACACUCAGAUGAGGAAGGGAGCCGACUGGAAAGUGAUUUCUUGGAAAUAACACACAAGAAUAAAAAUACAUCUACAAAAGAUGGGUGUAAUAAAUAUAAGGAACUUGGAGAACGUCUGAAUGUGUCUUCCUGUCCUGAGGAACAUCAAGGAGUUCUGAAGGGACAGAAAUUCUAUCAAUGUGAUGAAUGUGGCAAAACUUUUAAUUGGAGUUCACACCUCAUUGGGCAUCAGAGAAUCCACACUGGGGAGAAACCCUAUGAGUGUAAUGAGUGUGGUAAGACAUUCAGGCAGACCUCUCAGCUCAUAGUUCAUCUCAGAACCCACACAGGGGAAAAGCCCUAUGAAUGCAACGAGUGUGGAAAGACCUAUCGACACAGCUCCCAUCUCAUUCAACACCAGAGACUCCAUAAUGGGGAGAAACCUUAUAAAUGUAAUGAAUGUGGAAAAGCUUUCAAUGAGAGUUCCAAACUGUUUGAUCACCAAAGAACUCAUACUGGGGAGAAACCUUAUGAAUGCAGUGAGUGUGGAGCAGCCUUUAGUCGGAGUAAAAAUCUUGUCCGACACCAGGUACUUCACACUGGUAAGAAACCCUACAAGUGUAGUGAGUGUGGGAAAGCUUUCUGUUCUAAUAGAAAUCUUAUUGACCAUCAGAGAAUCCACACUGGGGAGAAGCCUUAUGAGUGUAAUGAAUGUGGCAAGGCCUUCAGUCGGAGUAAAUGUCUUAUUCGACAUCAGAGCCUCCACACUGGGGAAAAACCAUACAAAUGUAGCGAGUGUGGGAAAGCUUUCAGUCAGAUCUCUCAACUUGCUGACCAUGAGCGAAUUCAUACUGGAGAAAAACCUUUUGAAUGUAAUGAGUGUGGUAAAGCAUUCAGUCUGAGUAAGUGUCUUAUUCGACAUCAGAGACUUCACACAGGUGAAAAGCCCUUUAAAUGCAAUGAAUGUGGAAAAUCCUUCAAUCAAAAUUCAUACCUCAUUAUACACCAGAGAAUUCACACUGGUGAGAAACCUUAUGAAUGUAAUGAAUGUGGGAAGGUCUUCAGUCAUAAUUCUAGUCUUAUGGUACAUCAGAGAACCCAUACUGGGGAGAAACCUUAUAAGUGCAAUGAGUGUGGGAAAGCCUUCAGUGACAGCUCACAGCUUACUGUGCACCAGAGAGUUCACACUGGGGAGAAACCCUAUGAAUGUAUUGAGUGUGGGAAAGCUUUCAGUCAGCGUUCCACUUUCAAUCACCACCAGCGAACUCACACUGGAGAGAAGCACUCAGCUGUGGCUCAGUCAGUUUCUUAAGGUAUAAAUCUCCAAGACAAAGAGCCAAGAACUUUGAAUUAAGCUUUCUUUAUAAGAAGGAUGCUCACUCUGGUCUGGAUGCUCACCCUGGUGUCCUCUUGGAACCACUAAUUGAAGUGGCCCAUUCCCUAAAUGCUUUCUGCUGGGUCACAAAGGUAGGAGAGAGAGAGAAACAGUAUAAUCCUUCCCCGGUGUUGGAGAAGUUAGGAAUACACAUUUCAUGUAUUUGUAGGUUUCCUUCUUUCUGUCUGUCUUUUUUUUAUUUAAAAUUUAUCUCAUUUCUUAGUUAUGUAGCCCAUAAUCAGACUGUGUGCUUCUCAAGGACAGAGAUCAUAUCUUUUUCUGUUUCAGGUAAUCCGUUUGACCAUUUAUAUAAAGUCAUUCUCCAAGAUUGUUAUUACAUUCUUUCCUUUGUCUUGGCUGUGGCCCUACUUAUCUACUUUUGAAGCUUCUCCUCUAAUCUAGACCCUCAUCACUUGUGUUCCCUCCCUAGAAAACCUUUUCUUCCCAUUUACUAAUCUAUGUCCCUCAGAACCUUUAAGAUCCAGUUCAACUCUGAAAGACUUUUUUUCCGAAAUGCUUCUUCCUCCUAAAUUUCUGUUGAUAUGACCUCAAUGCUGCAAAUUAGCCUGUGCUACAAUUUUCAAUUGUUACUAAAUUUCCUUGUCAGUUAUUCUCAACUUAAUGCAUAUGUGUGUACUUUCAUACCAAUUUAAUGUAGGUGCUUUGUGGCUGGGUAUGGUAUCUAUUUCUUUUGGCAUGAAGAUAAUACUUUGCAUAUACUAGUUGUUAAAUAAGUUUUUAAAACUCACUUUUCCAACUGAGUCAUUCCUAAAGUGGGCAUGAACUCCCAUCCCACCACCCAACUUAAAACUUCUAAAGAUGGAUAUCAUAGAAUAUCACAUACAAAGGCCUCACUUAUGUCUUCUACAUCUAUCCCUGGGAGUCUUCCUGCUCUUACUUCAGCCUCAGGGAGCUAAUGGAUUUGUGUUUGAGCAUGUGGGUAUGUAUGUAUGUAUGUAUCUAGGUAUUGGAGUUGGCACUUGUGUUCCACUGAUAUAUACUUUGCCCUGCACACUGAUUUCAGUUCUGAACUAGCUGACUCCACCCUCCGCCUAAGUAAACAAGAACAGUGUCAAAAUUUACCGUAAAGAAGACUUGACUUUUGUGGCUGUGGCAAAGAUGAUUCAGAAUUCCAGUUUGAAGCGUUCUUGGGUGAUUGGAAUUCACAACGAUGAGGAUUGUGGCAAGACAGAAUCAAACUAAUCGGAUUUCCUUAUCAGUUAGUUCGAUACUAACUUCAAGGUGAGAGAUGUACCCUUAAUUUUUGUAAUUAUCUUCUGGGCCAUCUUUCAUUCGUCAAAGGCAUAAGAAACAGGAAAACGUUUCAGAGGAUUUCCUCUCCUUCAACAGUCACAUAUCAGACAUAAGCUUGAACAACUUUUUCCUUUCACCCUUGCAGUAGGGCCCCUUUGGUGUCUUCCCCCUUCCUCUUAGCAAUACAAGAGGAUUGGCAGUAUGGCAGAGGUGGGGGAGCAGGUUUGAGGGGGAAUGUCAGGUAUGUAACUUGGAGGGGAGAGAUUUUUGUGAGGUGUGUGAUUUAUGUCUCGGAUAAUAGAGAAAAAAGGAAAGAGAGUUGAGGCUCAGGAAAAUAACAAUUAGAUGUGAUUCUGGGGGAAGCAUCUCAGACAUUGUUAGAAAGAAUGUUUAUUGGGGGCCUAAAGAAUUGCUGAACCAAGGACAGGACUGGAAAUUUGCCAUUUGUGAAUAUGUAUUUUCAAUUAAAUUUCUGUUACAGCUAUGUAUUUGGUGUUUAUUUGCAUUUUCCUUUACAAGAUAUGCAGGUAGGACUUUCUUUUUUUAAAUGUUUUACUUUGGGAGCUCUCAGAUCCCAGGGAAGAGCCCAACCCCCAUUAUGAGCACCUGGGUCCAUCCGUCCACCCUAAUUUGGACAUUACUGGUCAUGUCAUCAGUAGAACCCCCGGCCUGUUAGAUGCUGUAAUUUUAUCUUCUGGUUCUUGUCCCCUCAUUCCCUGCCACACUAAGUCUCUGUAGUGGCAGAUCCAGCACUAUUCAUGACUGUUACCCACCACUAGCAGUCUGGUGGGUGCUCGGUAGAAAUGAAUGUCUUCACUUCCUGAAAAAGCACUCAGGCUCUUGGAUGGAGGAAAAAGGGCUACAGGUGAAAGCCACACCUCAAUUUCUAUUGGUUAUUCGUAGUGUCAAAAAAAUUACUGAUUUUUAAAAACUUUAUCUGGAUCUGGUUAUCUUGCUAAAUUAUUUUUAGUUUUAGUAGUUUUUUUAGUUUCAUUUCCUAGCUUUUGUAGGUAUACAAUAAAUAAUGAUUAGUCUUCUCUUAAUGGCCAUUCUGUAUGCCACUUACGUCAUGCAUUAGCAAGAAUAUAAAAAGAUAUCGAAUGGUGGAUAACAGGUGUUGCAUGUCUUGUUCCUAACUUUCAGGAGAAAUGUUUUUAGCAUCUCACGGUUUUAUAUGAUGUUCACCUCGCUGGUUUCUGAUAAAUAUUCUAUUGUGUUUAGGAAGUUUCCUUCUAUCUAUUUUUAGAAGAAGCAAUAUGGUAUCUAAGUGGUUAAGAACACAGAUUUUGUGCCUAGCACUCUAGGUUCAAAUCCUCACUCCACCACUUUGUUAGGUUUGUGAUCCUGGGCAAGUCACUUAGCUUCCUCUGUCUCGGUUCUUCCAUCUAUAAAAUGGUUCUACCUCAUGGGGCUGUGAGGAUAAAAUUAGUUAAUAUAAGUGUAAGGCACUUAAAACAACGCUUGGCAUUUAGUACACUAGCAAUUAUUGUUAGAGCUUUUAUUAGGAAUGGAUGCUAAGUUCUAUCGAAUUUUUUAAAAGUCUGUUGGUGUAAUUUUACAGGUUAUAUUUAUUUUUGAAAUUCACUUUAUUGAAAGUUGUCAAACAAUUGAAAGUUCCUUACAUUCUUGGAAUAAAAUCCAUUUGCUCA